AUGAAGGCCGCCACCAUCAUCGCUACCAUUUUCGCCGGAGUCGUCAUGGCCUCUCCCGUCGCCAACAAGGCCAGCGGAGCCGGCGAGGCCAAUAUUGAGAAGCGCUGCCUCUACGACAGCUGCCAGGACUGCUACAGCGCCACUCCUCCCCAGGGUCCCGGUAACAUUGGCGCCUCGACCGGCCACAUCAUCUACUGCGCCACCUCCUGCUGCUAG